GAUUUUUUGAUGCCGUUUUCUCUUCCCUCUCCGUCGAGCCCGCGAACGGAAAAAAAAUCACUGCUAUUUUUAAAAUUUCUCAUUUUGCUUCAUCAAGGAGGAGGGCUUAUAAACCCUAACCCUAAUUAGCAAAUCGCUCGACACCUGCUUCUUUCGGCUUCAAUGGCGGCCCCUACCAUGCCUGCUCCGCCUUCUACCUCCUACCCCUCGACCCCACAGCUGUCGCCGGGGCCUGUCCAGGGCGGGACUUUCGGCAGUGCUUCGCUGUACGUCGGAGAUCUCGACAAGACAGUUACGGAAGAGCAGCUCUUCGAGCUGUUCAGUCAGGUCAGCUCCGUCGUUUCAGUGAGAAUUUGCAGGGAUCUGAUCAAGCGGGUGUCACUUGGUUACGGUUAUGUCAAUUAUCACACACCGCAGGAAGCUAGCCGUGCCAUGGAAGUUUUGAAUUUUACUCGAUUAAGUGGGAAAACUAUUAGAAUUAUGUUCUCGCAACGUGAUCCUAGCAUUCGUAAAAGCGGAUACGCGAACAUAUUUAUAAAGAAUCUUGACACAACCAUUGAUAACAAGUCUUUGCUCGAUAUCUUCAUGUCCUUUGGACCUGUUCUUUCGUGUAAGGUAGCAGCAGACAGCAAUGGCCAGUCAAAAGGAUAUGGAUUUGUACAGUUUGAGAAUGAGGAUUCAGCUCAAAAAGCUAUUGGACAGCUUAACGGUAUGCUUGUAAAUGAACGAAAAGUCUAUGUUGGCCUCUUUAUGCGUCGACAAGAGAGAGAUAGAGCGAAUGGAUCUCCUAAAUAUACGAAUGUUUAUGUAAAGAAUUUACCUGAGACAUUUAAUGAAGAGGACUUGAGAAAGGAAUUUAUUGAAUUUGGUGAUACUGACAGUGUUAUAAUUAUGAGAGAUUGCCAUGGAAUUUCAAGGGGGUUUGGUUUUGUAAAUUUUAGGCAACCGGGCGCUGCUGCUGCUGCAGUUGAAAAACUUAAUGGAAAAAGGAUAAAUGAUAAGGUAUUGUAUGUUGGGAGGGCUCAGAAAAAGGCUGAUAGAGAGGCUGAACUGAGAGCUAAAUUUGAACAGGAGAGGAAUGGAAGAUUGGAGAAGCUCAAGGGGGCUAAUUUGUAUCUCAAGAACCUUGAUGACACGGUGAAUGACAAAAUACUUCAAGAGCUUUUUGCUCCGUUUGGCAAAAUUAUCUCCUGCAAAGUUAUGCUUAAUCCAAUUGGGCAAAGCAAGGGUGCCGGUUUUGUGCAGUUUGGCUCUACUGAGGAAGCUAAUCAUGCUGUAAAUGAGAUGAAUGGUAAAAUGAUUGGGAGGAAGCCAUUAUACGUUGCUAUAGCUCAGCGGAAAGAAGAAAGAAGGGCCAGACUUCAGGCUCAUUUUGCUCAGCUUAACGCUCCAGGAGCAAUGAAUCCUCCAAUGCCUGCUUUGCCUGGCUAUCCCCCCGGUCCUUCGAGGCUUCUUCCACAGCAACUUUACUUUGGUCAAGGAGGUCCUGGACUCAUGACACCACAGCCUACCAACUUCGGAUUUCAGCAGCAAAUUAUUCCUGGAAUGCGACCGGGUGUUGCCGCAAAUUUCAUGAUGCCUUACAAUCUUCAAAGGCACGGUCAACCGGGGCAGAGGAUGGGUUUUAGGAGAGGCGGAAUGCCGCAGCAAAUGCAGCCGCAGUUCAACCAUAGGAAUGCCAACCAAGGCUUCAGAUACAUGCAAAGCACUCGAACUGGUGUUGACCCAUUGAUGCCUUCUGGUCUUAUGGGUCCAAUGAUGCCUUUGUUAUUUGAAGCAAAGAACAUCCACACUUCGCCCGUUGACGUAGUUCGAAGCCCCGUUCCAAUAUCGACACUCGCGUCUGCUUUAGCUUCUGCGCCUCCCGAGCAACAGCGAGUGAUGUUGGGAGAGCAAUUAUACCCUCUCGUCGAACAAAUUGAACAAGAUAAUGCGGGGAAGGUGACAGGUAUGCUACUAGAGAUGGAUCAAACAGAGGUUCUUCAUCUUAUAGAAUCGCCGGAUGCUCUAAGGAAGAAGGUUGGAGAAGCCAUGGAAGUUCUUCGAGUAGCUCAUUCGAGUGGACCCGAUGGAGUGGACCAGCUUGGUUCAAUUGGGCUUGAAUGAUUAAAGUAAUGUCUUUGAUUUGUCAUCAUAGGAUUUUCUUAUUGUCAAUUUAUUAGGGUUUUUGAGGUUUUUAGUGAUUGAUACCAAUUUUUGUAGUUUGUUUUGGCCAGGUGUGCUUUAGUUUUGUGCCUGUAGACCAAUUUUUAGGAAGGCAGAGAGAGGAGUUUGUUAGUAGGAUGGAUUUUGCUUUGGUUAGAUUUAAGAGAUUACUAAUUAUGGUUUGUUUUAUUUAGUGCAUUAUGAUUAGCAGUUUCUAGGCAUUUUGAUGGAAUUAAUUUUGAUUGUUUUAGAAUG